AUGGUAUCGGAGCACAUGUCUCUCCUGCAGGAUCACAUCGAUUCAUUGAAGGACCUAGGGGUAGAUAUCGAGGAUGAGGCACAGCUGGAGCGGAUACGCAGCUGCAGCAGCAUGGCGGGGCUGCCCCCCCUCUACUCGCAGGUGAUUCACCACAUGGGGCAUCCCUGCUACGACAUACGGGUGACCGCCAAUGACUUCUGCGACGAUGUCGACGUCGUCAUCCGCUGCAACGCCGAGCUGCAGAGGAUGCGGCUGCAGGCUCUACCCGAUUUGGCGCCUCCCGCCUCUGGAUCUUGA